CGGAAGCAUGAAACUGCAUCCAGUAGCCGAUUUGCCAAUGAUUGACGAGUGCUUCUUGCGAUUGAGACACCCUUUGAUACUAUCUCUCAAUCUACCUAGAUAAUUUCUCUGGUGAGAAAAGGUCUUUGUAGCUGGGCGCAGAUGCGAAGGCUGUCGUAUAUUGUACAAGAAGCCGUAAGCGGUGCCGGGAAGCGGUCCACUCAGCAAACAAGAACACUUCAUCAUGUCUGAACCUAUCGAUACCAGUACGACCAUUCCUGAGACACUCGUUAUCUCGCGUAUGAGUGCCCUUCUAGAAGAAUUGACCUCGCAGUGUAGCCAACCACCUGGUCUGUCCUCUAAAUGGUUGGCCAGAGGCAAGGACGAAUCGGAGCCGGGUCCAAAAUCCCUGGAUGGCUCUGACGACAAGGAGAUAUCCGCAGAAAUGUCUGAGUCCUCCCAAAGAGACCCAAUUGCUGUGGAAGAAGUUACUGAGGUAGGAGAUGACAACGUUAACGCGGGGCUCAUCUCCGAUACCAACGACUUCUUGUCCAAGCUCGAGGAAGUGAAGAACCUCUGGUUCGCGGGCGCAUACAACAGAAUGACUGACGUCGAUGACCAAGUCUCCUCAGCCGAUGAAUUUAUCCAGAAGAUCGGUUGGAGACACCCAUUAUUCAAUGCUUAUGAAGGGGCCAGACAAAGUGGAUCGACCCCUACUUUGAACGACUUCAUCACAGGAACUUGUCCACAGAAAGGUCUCAGACCGGUCUACACAUACGAUAGACGGUCGGGCGGUUCCAUUUUCCGGCCGUGCAUUGUGUUCCCUGAUGGGGAGAUCGAGAGCGCCGACCAUCUCCGGUCGGUAAUCGAAGGGACCGCAUCGAACGCUGUAAGGCAGUGGGUGGAGUCGGCCUUGAAGACUCAUGGAUCAUUGUCUUUCGGGUGAGCCAUCGGUGUUUUGGGAGUUUGAGCAGCUGUUGACACAUCAAGCUACGUUCCUCCGCCUGGUCCGAACACAGGCACCAGCGAAGUUCCAAAGACACUCCUGCACUGCAUAGAGUACCAGUGAGUCCGUCUGCUGACAGGCGUCGAUGCUGCUAAGAUACGACAAUAGUCAAGACGGUACGAGCAGCGAGUACAUCGUCACAGAGUAAGGCCUCGGAGUUUUAAGGCACCGGCACUCUCGCCACUAGAAUGACGGUUAGGCAGUGGUUUCAGAGGGGUUCAUAUCCUCCGUGGCGGGACAUGUACAGAUCAAAGAAAGAGCUUUGUGGUGCAGAC